AUGGCUAGAGUAUAUAUAUUAUUGCUUACAAUCCUACCUUUUCCAAUUGCUAUUGCUACAACACACAACGCGCUCUAUAUUGGCUACAAUUGCACAGGCAGUGCAGCUUCGUCGACACUUGACAGUAAUAGAGCCUCACCUUCGUACCUAUACAACCUAUAUAAUUUGCUAGGAACUUUUACUUCCCAUGCCUCAAGCGCGGCUUAUUAUAACUCUUCCCUUGGUCAAACCCCCAAUCGUGUGUAUGCUAUAUACAUUUGUCGGUUUGACCAAACUGCUCGAAGUUGUAAUGCUUGUAUAAAUGAAGCCAAAGAUCAAAUACUCAAAGCGUGCCCCUACCAAACUGAGGCUAUUAUUUGGUACGAAAAUUGUAUGAUCCGUUAUUCCAAGUACUCGUUUUUUGGCAGAAUGGAUGUAUCUCCCUGGAUAGCAAUAUCAAUGCCGCAAAAUAGUACUAGAGAUCAAGUGGUCCAUUUCGAGAAAUAUAUGCGGAAGAGCAUGUAUGAUUUGGCUAUAUCGACAGCUGAUAACUCGUCUCCAAAGGCGAGGUUUAAAAUGAGAGUGAUUAAUAUAACGGGAUUUGGGAGCUUAUAUGAGAUGACACAGUGUGUGCCUGAAAUUACCACCAAGGAUUGCCAUCUCUGCUUAACGAUUGCUAUAGGGAGGCUUGCAAAUAUUAGCGCCAGUGCUCGCGUCUUGUUGCCUAGUUGUAUUGUUUGGUAUCACACUGCUCCUUUUUAUAACUCUUCAGCAAUAACCUACCCGUUUUUCAACUCAUCCUCGGCGACACACCCACCACACACAAAGAUAAAGACUCCAGCCGGUAAAAGUUGA